ACUUUUCUAUAAAUGAAACAAACUAGUUACUCCGCUCAUUCCUUGUUUCUAUCGACCAUGAAGUUUCUUCCUUGGCUCGUGUUCGUGGCUCUCAUCGUCACAGCUCAGUCUUUGACAGACGAACAAAAAACCAUCUGGCGAAAAUGGAGCCAAGAAUGUCAAGCUGAAACCGGAGUUUCCACAGACGCCAUUAACAAAGUCGCAAACAACGACUUUUCCGCCGUAGACGACAAAAUGAAAGCCCACAGUCUAUGUUACGGCAAGAAAGCCGGGCUUAUUGACGCAUCUGGCGACAUAGACGUGGAAAAAGUCAAAACGAAACUGAGGGAUGUCGUCGACAACGAAGACCAAGUCAACGAAAUCAUCGGCAAGUGCGUCGUCAAUAAAGGAACUAAAGAAGAGACAUCGUUGCACGUGUUUAAAUGCAUCAGGGAAAAUGAACCAAAAUUCACUCCUAUUUAACAUGGUUUUGAAAUAAAGUUACCUACUAUAGAA